AUGGGAAACGAUGGAGGUUCAAUUCCAAAACGUAUUGAGCUUGUUAAAGAAAAACAAAAAGAAGUUAGACCAGAUCAAAAUGCAUUGAAAAUAGCUACUUGGUUUUUUUGUGCUCUAUCCAAGAGGCCGUUACAAGAUCCUGUCGUUGUGUGUGGAUUAGGUAAAUUAUAUAAUAAAGAUGCUGUUAUAGAAUAUUUAUUAAAUAAAAAUGCUUAUGGUGAUGGUGAUACUAUUUGUUCUCACAUCUCAACCAUGAAGGAUGUAAAAACAUUAAAAUUGGCGGCAAAUCCAGCUUUUAAAGAUUCAAAUGAAGCUAGUAUAGCACAUUUCGAUCAAGGAAUGGUAUCUAGAUUUAUUUGCCCUAUCACUAUGAAAGAAAUGAACGGAAAAUUGAAAUUCGUUUAUUUGGAAACUUGCGGUUGUGUAUUUUCCGAGCAAGGUUUAAAAGAAGUACCUAGUUCUACUUGUAUACAGUGCAAUAAAUCUUUUAAACAAGAAAAUAUUAUUACUAUAAAUCCAAGUCCUGUUGAACAAGAGCAGUUAAGGGCUUUGUUACGACAAGAAUCCGCCGAAGAUAAUGUCAUAGCUGAAUCUUCAUCAUCUGCUUCACGUAACAAGAGAAAAAGAGAAGAUAAUGGCGAACAAUCAAUAUCAAAGAAACCAGCAAUCGAAUUAGAAGUUGGUGUUACAGCUAGUAGUAGCAGCCCAAGUACUCAUAGUGGAAUUGGUGGUAAUAGUGUUACAGCUGUUGUUAACCAAAAAGUUCAAGAACAUUUGGUUAACGCCUCUUCUAAAAACAAACAGUCUAAAGCCAUUCAGUCUAUUUAUUCGCAGAAAAAAGAUAAGAAUGUUACUGAAAGUUAUUUAGUUAGAGGUACCUUUAAUAGAUAUGCUGCGUAA